CGGAAACCUUCUCUGCCAGCGCUCCCAGCGAUGGCCGGGUGGUGGGGCCAGGUCAGGAAGGGCAGGACAGCAGCUCCCCAAGGUUUCAUCCUGGUUAGCCCACCUUGGCCCGUUGCCCCUAUCCCACUUGUGGGUUACAAUUUUAUUUGCUCCUUUUCCUGAAAGGAUCUACAGACAGGUAGUUGCAGCUACAACAAUGAUAAGGACUCACUAGUUUUCUCAGCUGAUGGUGGUUGGACUGGUUUAUAGAAGCGUGUGGGGUCUGUGUUUGGUACUUUGGAAGAGGACAAAGGCAUAAGCCCCCAUGCUCCCCAUUUUCAGCCAGAUGGACAGCUUGUUUCUAGCGAACUGCCCCCAGAAGAUGGAUUGGAGCACUCUGCACACUAUUCUGGGGGGUGUCAAUAAACACUCCACCAGUAUUGGGAAAAUCUGGCUCACCGUCCUCUUCAUCUUCCGCAUUAUGAUCCUGGUUGUAGCUGCAAAGGAAGUGUGGGGAGAUGAGCAGGCUGACUUUGUCUGCAACACUCUGCAGCCCGGGUGCAAGAACGUGUGCUAUGAUCACUACUUCCCCAUCUCCCACAUACGGCUCUGGGCCCUGCAGCUGAUCUUCGUGUCCACACCGGCUCUCUUGGUGGCCAUGCAUGUGGCCUACCACAGGCAUGAGAAGAAAAGGAAGUUCAUUAAGGGGGAGAUAAAGAGUGAGUAUAAAGACAUCGAAGAGAUCAAAAACCAGAAGGUCCGAAUUGAAGGGUCACUGUGGUGGACCUACACCAGCAGCAUCUUCUUCCGGGUCAUCUUUGAAGCUGUCUUCAUGUACGUCUUCUACAUCAUGUAUGACGGGUUCUCCAUGCAGCGUUUGGUGAAAUGUAACGCCUGGCCGUGUCCCAAUACCGUGGACUGCUUUGUCUCCAGGCCCACAGAAAAGACUGUCUUCACCGUGUUCAUGAUUGCGGUGUCUGGCAUUUGCAUACUGCUGAAUGUCACUGAAUUGUGUUAUUUGCUAAUCAGAUAUUGUUCUGGAAAGUCAAAAAAACCAGUUUAAAACAUUAUCCAACUAUUAGAUAAAAAUAGACAGCAGGAAAAGAAUGAGGCAAUCAGUGCUUAGUUGUCAAGGCCGAGUCACCAGCAUUUCCCAAGGUCAAGAUUUUUAUCUUAAAUGUAUCCGAUUGAAACUUCUGUAGCUCUCACGUAAAAUUCCAAGUGCCUCUGAUGGCACCCUUCUCUCCUAAACUUAAAAAACAAAGACUUGAUCCUAUGCCUAUAUUGAUUUUUACUCAAAUUAGUUCCAGUGACACCCUGUGCUGGUAGAGGUUAUUCGUGCAAGGUAAUUUCAUAUUUUGAAGAAAGAAUAUUGGCAUUUGUUUCUAUUUCUUUGAGGAAAGGAGAGAAACAGCAGGUCCUAAAGAGAAUGCUGAGGAGAGUGGGUUGCUCCUCUUAUGGUUCUUUUGGCCAUUUUCCCAUUAAUUAAAGGUAAACUAGAUAACCUUGGUUCUUUUAUUCACUUUGGAAGUUCUAGUCUCUAACGAUGGACAAGGUUACCUAAUGCUUCAAACUGUCAUACUUUUUUUUAAGUGAACACUUGAAAAUACAUUCUUUUGGUCUACAAGACAUUCUGAAAACCAUUAUACAUUCCUGCUAUUUCAAAGGCUCCGAUAAUGAUAUGUAAAUGGUGUGUAAUUAGAUACUAUCAUUGCAUUUAAAAUGUGGCCUCUCGGUUAUGAAUAAUUUGCAGGGCCACUGUAUUAACUGUGGUAUGUAGUCCACAAAAGCAUUACCACCUCUCUCACAUGAAAUAAACUAGCAGUUCUUAGUGAUGGCUUGACAGCCAAUGGCCUCAUUUCACAACUUUAGGUGUAAUUUUGGAGGAGAAAUAUAGACAAUGUAUCACCAACUGCCACCAACUACAGGCUGGCUCAAGACACCCUGUCUAUCUUUUCAACAUUUGCCUUUUCCAUGACUGGUAAAGGGUGGGAACACUGAUUUAAAGCAGUUGUUUAGGACUAUUUUGUUGCCACAGUACAAAACAAAAUGGGGGUGGGGGUGGGGGGGGAGGUUCUAUUUUUAAAGAACAGAUGGAAAGACUAGACUCUAAAUUCUGGUGAUUAAAAUAUGAGUUUCAUCUAUUUUAAAAGUUUGUUUGCUUUCCUCUUCAGCUUCCAAUUUUUUAAAAGUGAAAAUAGAAUUAAUAGACAUUUUAAAAAAUAGACACUAUGGUUUAGAUAUAUUUAGCAUUUCUCUAGGACACAUUGAACCUUAGUAUUAUUAUCAUGAUGCUUGACCUGGUUUCCAAAAAAUUGUACUCAACAUUCUUCAAUGAGGGUAAACAUUUUUUCUUUUGCCAAGAAUAGCAUUAUAAAAAUAUUUUUGUAAUAAUAAACAAUAGCUUUAAGUA